CACUCAAUUCCAAUUGCAAUUCUCUCUCUCUCUCUCUCUCUAAGAAUUUUCCCCUCUCUCUCUCUAUCUCUCCAAUUAUCUCGUAAGCAAAUUUUCGCAACCCUAGUUAGAUUUAUAGGGGGCCUAAAGACUGCGGAGGAAGAAGAAGGGAGUUCAUUUUGGUGUGAAGCGAAGAUGAAGAGAGUGUUCGGAGCGAAGAAAGACAAGGAGCCACCUCCCUCCAUUGAAGAUGCCUCCAGUCGGAUCACUAAACGAGGCGACAAUGUCGAGGAGAAGAUAAAGAAACUUGAUGCUGAACUAGCGAGAUAUAAAGAGCAGAUCAAAAAGACCCGGCCAGGUCCUGCACAAGAAGCCGUCAAAGCAAGAGCCAUGAGAGUUCUUAAGCAAAAAAGGAUGUAUGAAGGCCAACGGGAUAUGCUGUACAACCAGACAUUUAACCUAGAUCAAGUGGCAUUUGCUGCUGAGGGAAUAAAAGACGCCCAACAAACAAUGUCAGCCUUGAAGUCUGCAAACAAUGAACUUAAAGGAAUGAUGAAGACUGUGAAAAUUCAAGACAUAGAUAAUUUACAAGAUGAGAUGCUGGACCUCAUGGAUGUGAGCAAUGAAAUCCAAGAGUCCCUUGGUAGAAGUUAUAAUGUACCUGAUGACAUUGAUGAGGAUGAACUCUUGGGUGAGCUUGAUGCGCUGGAAGCAGACAUGGGGUUUGAGACGGAAGGUGAUGGAGUACCUGCUUAUCUUCAACCUGAUAAGGAACCUGACGUGGAAGCAGAACUCAACUUGCCAUCAGCACCCGCUGGCAGAGCGAAUGUACAGGGUGAGGAUGAACUAGGGUUACCGGCUGUCCCUCGAGCUUCACUCCGAGGUUAGACUGGAAGUUCUUGGUGGCCUACUUAGUGGUGUGUGGAGCUGGUGGUGGAUGUGUAAAGAAGUUAGGUCCCUUGUUGAUUUCACUGUUUAAUUUGUUAAGCUUCUCUGCUGGGACUACGAAGAGCACAUUCUGCUAUUUGUAAAAUGUUGAAUUAGGCCUGUGAAUGGGUGGAUUUUGGGAGUGUUUGUAAAAAAUUUUACUUUUAAAGAA